AUGUCAGCUGCAUUUCAUCCUCCUGCUGCUCUACGUGCCUUAACUCUAUUCUUUCUACUCCUUGUUGUCCUUGUUGCAGAUGCAGAAGGGCGACACCAUGUGCUUGACUGUCCUCCAUUCUCUUGUGGUCAACUUAGAGAUGUAUCCCCUCCUUUCCGUCGGCGAGGUGAUCCACCUGGGUGUGGUGUUCCAUCGUACGAGCUAGUGUGCACUGACGCCAAGGCUUCAAUUCGCAUUGGCAGUGGAACUUACGAUGUGGUUAGCAUCAACUAUAAUGAUUCUACCUUCUGGGUUGUUGAGGCAGACUGGGGUACACAGAGCAGCUGCCUUCUCCCUCAUUGGGAUCGCCCUGCUUUUGAAUAUGGGCGAUAUGGGCCAGGGCGACACAGCAUAGAAUUGGACCCUUCUACAAGCACUUGGGCGACCUUUGUGAAUUGUUCGAAGCCAAUAGAGAACAAUGGUAUUUAUUGGCCAGUGGCUUGCCUGAGCACCGAUUCUUCUUUCAUCUACGUGAUGACUGGCUUUUUCUCUUAUGCCGCUGAGAAUUUCGAGCCCUCGUGUAGUUACCUAGCCAUGACUCCUUUGGGUGGUCCAGGCAUGAUGGUGCCCCAGCCCCACAACACAAGCUAUCCAGAUGUUGUUAAGUUCACGAGGAAUGGAUUUUCCCUUCGAUUUCCUUUUCCUAUUGGUCAUGAUAACAUCAGAGAGUGUGUCGCAGAGUCCAUGCGUACUUUCCUUAAAGAACCAAGAAAUAGUACAGGCACCAAGGAUCAGAUUUUGGACAUUCUUGAGGUCGAGUAUUGUGUUAUUGAUCAACUUGGAUCAACUAAUAAUGAUGUCACAAUGGUUCUCAUGGAUAUCAUCAAGACAAUACCAUUUGUGCUGUGGCUUCAUGUUGUUUGCAGGUUCGUAUUGAUGCCGCUGGCAGUAUUUAUCUUCUUAGCCUACAAAUACUGGAAAACAACGAUAACAAUCGAUGCAGUCGAGAAGUUCCUGCGAAUGCAGCAAAUGCUCGUUCCAAUGAGAUAUGCAUACACAGAUAUCAUUGCUAUCACUGGCCAUUUCAGAGACAAGCUCGGGCAAGGAGGCUAUGGUUCUGUAUACAAGGGGGUGCUACUGCCAGGUGAAGUUCACGUUGCUGUCAAGAUGUUGGGCAACUCCAACUGUAACGGAGACGAGUUCAUCAGUGAGGUCGCCACCAUUGGGAAGAUUCACUAUGUCAAUGUUGUGCGCCUUGUUGGGUUUUGCUCUGAGGAAACUAGUAGGGCACUUAUCUAUGAGUUCAUGCCCCGUGGAUCUCUCGAUAAGUACAUCUUCUCAUCGGAGAAGACUUUCUCAUGGGACAAACUCAAUGAGAUUGCUCUGGGCAUUGCCAGAGGUAUCAACUACAUGCAUCAGGGGUGUGAUAUGCAGAUCGUACACUUUGACAUCAAGCCACACAACAUCCUUCUUGACAGCAACUUUGUUCCAAAAGUUGCUGAUUUUGGGCUCGCCAAACUAUUCCCAAGAGACGACAGUUUCGUGCCACUGAGCGCUAUGCGGGGAACGAUAGGCUAUAUAGCUCCAGAGAUGGUAUCUCGAAGCUUUGGUCUCAUCUCUAGUAAAUCCGAUGUGUACAGCUUUGGGAUGCUACUGUUGGAGAUGACGGGAGGGCGAAGGAACGCUGAUCCACAUGCCGGAAGCUCCAGCCAAGCAUACUACCCAUCGUGGGUUUAUAGCCAGCUGAUCCAAGAAGAUGUGGGCAGGAUCAGUGGAGGCGUUGAUAUGCACGAGUUAGAGAAGAAGCUAUGUAUCAUUGGGCUCUGGUGCAUCCAGAUGAAGCCGCACGAUCGGCCGACAAUGAGCGAGGUCAUAGAGAUGCUUGAAGCUGGCGUCGAAGGCAUUCAAAUGCCUCCAAGGCCAUUCUUUUGUGACGAUGAGGUGGAUGUUUCUUACUCUAUGUCCUCCGAACUGAAUGCAAUAGAAGAGGAGGAUGAGUAA